AUGAAAAGUCUUUCUAAAAUGGAAGAAAUGUCUCUUGCCUAAUAAACAACUAAAUCUCCAACGAGGUCAUUCACAAAGCCAAGGAAAUAUGAUAAACUCAUUCAUAAGACCACUCAAAUUCCACGAAUCUCAAUUUAACGACUUGUUGAGUGUAUGGAUUAAGACAAUGAUGGAUGGAUCAAGAAAGAAGACAUAAUGAAAUUCAGUCAGAAGCAUUAUCUAUUCUUUGAAGACGAAGUAAUUUUGAUAUUCACUUUUAAGUUAGCUUAAGCGAUGAUUGACGAAGCAUUGAGUAAAAGGAUUGUUGCGUUUAAGGAUUAGCUGAAAGAGCCAAUAAAUGUGGAUGAAAUAUUAGGAGCAGGUAAUAAAUAAUAAUUAAUAUCAGUUUAAAUUCAUUAUGUAUUGAAUGAGAAUCACGUUUGGGUUGAGAAGCCUCGCCCUUUUAGAGAUAAAUGGGUGUAGUUAUUAUUGGCAGCAGGAGAAAGAUUACCCACUGGACAUGAUUUGCCUCCUGUGAAAAUCACAAAAGUGCUGGACAUGCAUGAAAUGAACCCUUUUCCAUACAAACCAAAGCUGAAUUGUUCCCAAUCUUAAAUCAUCCACACAUCUUAAUUAAGGGAGAUUCACAAAUUCAAUAAGGAUAAACCUGAGGCUGGAAUAGUUUUAUAGGAAACAGACCUAAUCAAACCGAUAAACAAUGGAGUAACAAAAGAGGAGGAGAAGGAUAAUCCUUUUGAAAAAGUAGUAAAUUCUAAAUUGUAAAUCAAAUAAAAUUAUUAUAAAUAGUCACAUAAAUGAUUAAAAUGAAUUUCCAACAAUCAAAUUUGAUACCUAAGCUUACUUUACUGAAGCAGAGAGACUAAGUAAAGAAUAAAAAUUGUGCAGAACCGGUAGAAAUCCAAUUCUUAAAUUUAUGCCUGAAAACCUAAAUUACAAAGUAGAGAACACUGAUUCAUUAAGAAAAAGCAGCGAAUUUGAGUUAACUCAAAGUACUGCUGCAAAAUACCUAUCUCAACCAGUAUUAUUAAGGAAACCGUAUUAUGGGUUGUCAGAUACAGCUUUAAUUAGUACUGAGUAGAAGUACUUCUAGCCUAAAAAGUCAAUCGAUAAAAAUUAAGAAUCUGAUAAAUAGAUUUUUUAUUCUACUUUUAAACCAGAAGAUGUUAUGACAUUAAAGAAUAAAUUGGCCAAUUAAAAACAAAGAGAAAAAGAAAAAUUAUAGGACUUUUAUAAUCCUCCUUCAACUCACAAGUUUAGAGACGAAUAUCUAGAUAAAAAUAAACCUCUAUUUAAAGUAAAUUUAUAAGUAAAUUAAGACAAGAAUUAAACCCGAUCCCUUACCAAAUCCUCACCUAAUGUCAGAACAUGAUCAAAGACCUUAAUUUGCAAUUGAAGAGGAUCUAAAGAGACAAUUAAAGGAAGACUAAAAGCAAUAAUAAUUAAUCGAUGAUUAUAUGGGCACUUUCAAGUAGAGUAAAUAAUGGACCAAAUAUUUCCCGUCUACAGAUUUAAAUCAUAAUUUUGUUGAUCACAAACGACCUAAUUUCUUAGACAAAGGUAAUUAUUAAGAACCAGGAUUAAUAUUGCUUCAGUUUUUAAGAGAAGGAGCAAGUGCUAAAGUAAAAGUUCAUUUAUAAAUCAGGAUAACUUUUAAUUGUUUCAUAGAUUGUUGCGUACUAACGAUAAGCAUCUAUAUCUAGGAUUGUAAGUGGAUCCCAAUUGA